AUGCCCCAUUUCACCGUGUGGCACAUGGACAUGCCUCUCUGGUUUCAGCUGCAGUGCUAUGGAGGGGCUGCCUUCUGGGACACCCUCAGCACCUCGCCACAGAACUACCGGAAAGGCUUUAAGGGCCAAGGUGGGCUGGGCCUGGGGGGCGCCGGCGGGGAACGGCCCCGGCCUCAGCGCCCCCCGGAGCCGGCCCCACGCCCCAUGAGGAUGGGCGCCCAGGACGCAGGACUGCUGCUCCGCUUGUGGGGCAAGCUCCGCGGGUGGGUGCAGAGCCGCGAGGCGUGGACGCAGAGCCGCGACGAGGAGCACCUGAGGCAGCAGCAGAGGAUCUGGGAGUCCCCGCUCCUUCUGGCUGCCAAGGAAAAUGAUGUCCAGGUGUUGGCCAAGCUCAUCAAGUAUGAGGCCUGUGAACUACAUCAGAGGGGAGCCCUGGGGGAAACAGCACUGCACGUGGCUGCCCUCUAUGACAACCUGGAAGCCUCCCUGCUGCUGAUGGAGGCUGCCCCCGAGUUGGUCCGGGAGCCCAUGGUAUCCGAGCUGUAUGAGGGUCAGACUGCGCUGCACAUCGCUGUUGUGAACCAGAAUGUGAACUUGGUACGAGCUUUGCUCGCGCAUGGGGCCAGCGUCUCAGCGAGAGCCACAGGGGCUGCCUUCCGCCGCAGCCCCCGCAACCUCAUCUACUUUGGGGAGCACCCGCUGUCCUUUGCCGCCUGCGUGGGCAGUGAGGAGAUUGUGCGACUGCUCAUUGAGCACGGAGCUGAUAUCCGCGCCCAGGAUGCCCUGGGAAACACCGUGCUGCACAUCCUCACCCUCCAGCCCAACAAGACCUUCGCCUGCCAGAUGUACAACCUGCUGCUGUCCUAUGAUGGACGUGGGGGUGACUCCCUGCAGUCACUGGACCUCAUGCCCAACCACCAGGGCCUCACCCCCUUCAAGCUGGCCGGUGUGGAGGGCAACACUGUGAUGUUCCAGCACCUGAUGCAGCGGCGGAAGCACAUCCAGUGGACUUAUGGGCCUCUGACCUCCACCCUCUACGACCUCACUGAGAUCGACUCAUGGGGAGAAGAACUGUCCCUCUUGGAGCUCAUUGUCACCACCAAGAAGCGUGAGGCACGCCAGAUCCUGGACCAGACACCCGUGAAGGAGCUGGUGAGUCUCAAGUGGAAGCGGUACGGGCGGCCGUACUUCUGUGUGCUGGGCGCCGUCUACCUGCUCUACAUCGUCUGCUUCACCAUGUGCUGCGUCUACCGCCCCCUCAAGCCCAGGACCAGCAACCGCACGGGCCCCCGAGACAACACCCUCCUGCAGCAGAAACUGCUCCAGGAGGCCUACGUAACCACCAAGGAUAACAUCCGCCUGAUUGGGGAGCUGGUGACUGUCUUCGGUGCUGUGAUUAUCCUGGUCCUGGAGAUCCCGGAUAUUUUCAGGGUUGGGGUCACUCGCUUCUUUGGACAGACCAUGCUUGGGGGGCCAUUCCAUAUCCUCAUUGUCACCUACGCCUGCAUGGUGCUGGUCACCAUGGUCAUGAGGCUCACCAAUUCCAACGGGGAGGUGGUGCCCAUGUCCUUCGCCCUGGUACUGGGCUGGUGCAAUGUCAUGUACUUUGCCCGAGGAUUCCAGAUGCUGGGUCCAUUCACCAUCAUGAUCCAGAAGAUGAUCUUUGGAGACCUGAUGCGUUUCUGCUGGCUGAUGGUGGUGGUCAUCCUGGGCUUCGCCUCAGCCUUCUAUAUCCUCUUCCAGACCGAGGACCCUCACGAGCUGGGUCAUUUCUAUGACUACCCCAUGGCUCUGCUCAGCACCUUCGAGCUGUUCCUCACCGUCAUCGAUGGCCCUGCCAACUACGACGUGGACUUGCCUGUCAUGUUCAAUGUUACCUACGCUGCCUUUGCCAUCAUCGCGGCUUUGCUCAUGCUCAACCUCCUCAUUGCUAUGAUGGGCGACACUCACUGGCGGGUGGCCCAUGAGCGGGAUGAGCUGUGGAGGGUUCAGGUAGUGGACACCACGGUGAUGCUGGAACGGAAGCUGCCUCGCUGCCUGUGGCCUCGCUCUGGCAUCUGUGGGCGCGAGUACGGACUGGGAGACCGCUGGUACCUGAGGGUAGAAGACAGGCAGGACCUCAAUCGGCAGCGUGUGCAGCGCUACGCACAGGCCUUCCAAACCCUGGGCUCCGACGACGUGGACGACACCUCGGUGCAGAAGCUGCAGCUGGACCGCCCCUCUGGCCAGCACCUGCCCCUCCCCACACCCUCGGUGUCUCGGAGUACUUCACGGAGCAGCACCAACUGGGAACGGCUGCGGCAGGGGGCCUUCCGGAGGGAGCUGAGGGGCUUGGUUAACAGAGGCUUGGAGGAGGACGGAGACAGUUGGGAGUACCAGAUCUAA